GGCGCCCAGAGAGACAGACAAAGAAGUAGACGCGGAAGUACCGUUGUUGAUGUUGUCGUCGUCGCCGCCGUAGUUCCCCUAGGACACUUUAGCUAGUCUUCUCGUCGUUGUGUUCCGCCAUGGCGAUGGUGGACGUGGAGGACGAAAGCAAUUGGGCGUCCGUCUUCCAGGACUGUUUCCCGGACAGCUGGAGGGACAGAGCGGACCUGGCCGGCUACUUGGCGGAGCUCAGCUCGUUGGGCGUGGAGCAGCUGGGCCGCGAGCAGGAGCGGCUGGCGGACGAGCGAGCCAGCAUCCUGGAACAGACCCGACACUUGGCCUUCGCCAACUACCACACUUUUAUCCGCACCGCCGACUGCACCGAGCGCAUCUACCGAGACUUCGGCCGCGUCGAGGCCGCCGUGUCGCGGUUGCUCGACAAGCUGCCCGCGCUGGGACAGAGAUGCCGGAGCUUUGCGAAGGAGGCGGAACAGAUGUCGGCGAGCCGUCGCAUGAACACGCUGACUCUGAACCGCCACACGGAGAUCCUGGAGAUUCUGGAGAUCCCGCAGCUGAUGGACACGUGCGUGCGCAACGCUUACUACGACCAAGCGCUGGAGCUGGCCGCCUACGUGCGCAGGAUGGACAAGAAACACGCAGCGCUUCCAGUCAUACGGGGCCUGGUGGGUGAAGUGGCGGAGAGUGCUCAGCUGAUGCUGCUCCAACUCCUGCAGCAGCUGCGCAGCGACGGGCAGCUGUCGUCGUGCCUGCGCGCCGUGGGUUACCUGCGCCGCAUGGACGCCUUGGACGAGGCCGAGCUGCGCGUGAAGUUCCUGCAGGCGCGCGGCGCCUGGCUGCGAGCGGCGCUGGACGCCGUCCCCGACGCCGAGCCCUACGCGCACAUCAGCAAGAGCGCCGAGGCGUGCCGCGUGCACCUCUUUGACAUCGUCACGCAGUACCGCGCCAUCUUCUCGGAGCAGCGGCGCAUGGGCGCCGCGCCGCAGCGGGCCGACGUCCUCCACGGCUGGGUGCUCUCCGAGGUGUGCCAGUUGGUGGAGGUGCUGGAGCGGGACCUCCGACGUGGCGCCGGCGCCCGACUGGACUCGCUGGCGGCGCAGUGCAUGUACCUGGGCCUGUCCUUCAGCCGGGUAGGCGUGGACUUCCGUGGCCGGCUGGCGGCCGCCCUGGCUCAGGCGGCGGCCGAGGCCUUCGGGAGCGCGGCGCGUGAGGCAGCGGCGCACUUCCAGCAAGAUAUGAGCGGCUACGCCCCCGUGGCGGCGCCGCUCGUGCCAGGAGCCCGCGCAGCGCCGACGGACCCGCCCGGAACCUUGGCGCCGCCCGCCACCCUCCUGGACUUCCCGCCGCUGGGUCGCUUCCUCAACCAUAUCCUGGCCGCCUUCAACGACCUGCGCCUGUGCUGCCCCCUGGCACUGGCCCAGUGCGUCACCGCAGACUUGCACCGCGCCCUCUGCCACGUGACCGCUCAGCUGCUGGCGUUCCACCGCGCCGAGGACUCGGCAUUCAGUGACGGCGAGCGUCGAGUUUUUGUGCGUAUGUGCCGCGUCUACGCCCGAGACAUGCUGCCCUUCCUGGACCGAUGCCUGCAGAUCCUGUUUCCCGCCCAGCAGAUAGCGCUUGUCCUCGGUGUUCCAGCGUCGCAAGUGCUCAACAGUGAGGGUUUGGGCCGCGUGGAUGCCGAGCGGCUGCUGGAGCCGCUCGGGUUCUUGCCGCCCGAGGACGAGGGAUCUCUGUCCAACGUCGGCGGCGCAGAGUCGGGCGACGGCGUAUCGGCGUCAGCGCCUCCCCACGACGCGGCCGUCGAGUCGCGCUCCGAAGACACCGAUGACCCGGCGCGAGCGACCCGGCGUGAAGACAGCCGAGAAACAGAGAACCUGUUGUGGCGACCAGAACCCUGAGCGCCGGUUGACCGAGGAAUGACUCGAUCGGCGGAGAAUGGUGACCGUGUUGUUUGGAAGGCAAAGCCAAUAAAAGGCCCCACGGAAAA